AUGUAUGUGUACCACAGGAUCCUAUUAUUUUACGACAUCGUGGUCGAUAUCUAUCCGACUCUGGAACGAUCACCAAGAGUUGCUCUCUCUCUCUGUGUCUCUCAAACUUCCGCAGACUCUCUCAAACUCUCUCAAUCUCUCUCAUUUUUCUUUACGAUCAUUGAUACAUUCUCUCUCUCUCCGUCUCUCUCUCUACGAGAUCGACGCUCUCUCUCUCUCUCUGUGCCGUUUGCCUUUGAUCGCGUGCUCAUUUUUUCAUUUUUCAUCUCAAGGAGGAUCAAGUGCCGGCGGGACGACAGAGCGACAGAACCGGUGGUCAAGAUGCUGGGUCUGCAAUCUUGGCAUCAUGCCCUUUUCCUGGCCGCCGUGCUGGUCUGCGCGUCGCUGUCCGCUGUGACGGCCGAUCCCAUCACGGUGCGCACCACGUACAUCGGCAGGUCCUGCGGUACCUUUGAGUACGCGUCCGCCUUCUAUCCCAUCUGCACUCGCACUCGCUUCAGCUACAUCAACAACGAUUCGCUCGUGGACGACGAUGAUGCCUACGUCCCAAACGUUGAAGAUGAUGACGACACCCCUGCCAAGAGCGACGACGACACCCCUGCCAAGGGCGACGAUGACACCCCUGUCAAGAGCGACGAUGAUGAUGGUCACAAGGCCAACGACGAUGACAAGGCCCCAGCUCGCGAUCGACGCGCCGACGAUGAUGCUGGCGAUGAUGACGACGGCGUCCCCGACGGCGUGCUUGUCCCCCAUGGAGAUUACAAUUACGUUAUUUCACAGCUUGUGUGUUCGUCUUCAGCUGUCACGAACCAAUACUACGCCGACUGGAACUGCGGUCGCACGGCCCCAUUUGCCGCCGCUCUGGCCAAACCCAAAACGUGCCUCGUAGAGCAUGACUCAGAGCAUAGCGAAUACUUUCAGUGCAUCAACUCUCCUUCCGAGUAUACCACCCCCGAUCAAGCCCUCUGGAUUGCCCACUCGGAAACCAACGGUGGCCCGACAAUCAUGGCUGAAACCCGGCCCUGGAACACCUGCCUCACCUUUGAAUCCGUGCCCACCGCCUACCCCGCGGCGCGUGCCUACAUCUUGAGUGCCACCGACGACCUCCAAACUAUCAAAGUCGCCAUGUACGCCGCCACCAAUUGCCUUGACUCCUCCAGUGUCGGCAUUUGGACACAGCCCGUCAACACCUGCUUCAACGCCAAACAGCAAGGCUUCGAGUACGAUUCGGCCUUGAAAUACGUCUUCUUCUCCAACGAGCUGCCUUCCCAAGCAGGUGGCAAGGCCCAGCCACUCACAGGUGGCGAGGUGGCGGCCAUUGUCGUCUGCUUGGUUGUCUUUGUUUGCAUCGUCAUUGGUGUUGUCGCUUAUCAAAAACGCAAGAGCGCAUCGUACAACUCCAUUUAA